UAUUUACAUAUACAAAGAGACGAGAGAUUGUCAUCUGCCCACAAAAUGGACACGGAAGCACCACCUGUACAGCCUGUAGAGAACACCCUUAUCAGCUGUCCAGGCACCACGCCCGGCACACCUUUGAGCAAAAACCAGUUGAAGAAGCAACGAAAACUCGCCGAACAAAUCGAAUUUCGUAAAUUGCGUCGGGUCAAGGAACGCGAGCGCCGCAAGGAGAAGAGAGCCGAUGCCAAGAGCAAGGGAUUACCAUUGAGUGUUGGCCCAUCUCGCAAGGAGCUGAAGCGGCGCCAGGUUUCCGCAAUUGGUCAACCGAACGCUGCAGAUGCGAUCAGCGUGGCGAUUGAUUUGAACUACGAUGAUUUGAUGCAGGAGCGAGAUAUUGCCAAGUGUGUGAAACAAUGUCUGCGCAUCUACACCAUCAAUCGACGUGCCGCACUUCCGCUGCGGCUGCACUUUACUGGCAUCAAGCGGGAUGGACAUAUACACGAGUGUCUGAAGAAGAACGACGGUUGGGAGAAUUGGCACGUGAAUUAUCACUUUGAUUGCACACACAGCGAGGUGUUUGAGAAGCAGCAGUUGGUCUAUUUAACCUGCGAAUCGGAUACAGUGCUGGAUAAGCCACUGCCUGGGCAUACGUACGUAAUUGGCGGCCUUGUCGAUCACAAUCAUUUCAAGGGGCUGUGCCAUCAGCGUGCCAUAAGCGCUGGUCUGGCGACAGCUCGACUCCCGCUUAGCGAGCACGUCGAUAUGAAGACACGUUCCGUGCUCAGCACCUUUCAUGUGUUUGAGUUGUUGACUCGCGUGGCGGCUGGACAAGAUUGGACACAGGCCAUUCUUGAAACCAUUCCGCAGCGCAAGGGAGCCAAGGCCAAGGAAAGCAAUACAACAAUAGCAAAAGAAGAACAACUGGAGCCAUGUGAACAGCAGCUAGAACUGGUGGAAGAAAAGCAACCAUCGACAGAAAGCUGACCCUUUUGUGUUGUUAUAUUUAGUAAAUUAUAAAUACAUGUUUUUCUACAAAAUUGUAAAACCAAA